AUGGGAAGCUUGGGAUUGAACUUGUGCCAGCGCAAGUACGCCUUAGAUAUCCUCCAUGAAUCUAGAUUUCUAAGCUGCAAGCCUGCGAGUACACCUAUGAUCACAGGGCAACGUUUAGACAAAGGAGACGGUGUGGCUCUGAGUGAUCCUGGAAGCUACAGACAAUUAGUUGGGCGACUACUAUACCUCACGGCAACACGUCCAGAAAUCUCCUAUGCAGUACAACAAUUGAGCCAGUUUGUCGAUGUUCUCACGAGCACACAUAUGUCUGCUGCUCAUCAUGUUCUGCGAUACAUUAAAAGAGCACCUAGACAAGGAAUAUUCUAUCCAAAGGGAGAUCACAUGCAGCUCAAUGUGUUCUCUGAUUCAGAUUGGGUAACAUGCUCAACUACACGCAAGUCCAUUACUGGUUUUUGUGUAUUCCUUGGAAAGGCCUUUGUCUCUUGGCGAUCAAAGAAACAGGCUACGGCGGACUUGGAAAGGCCGUCAACGCUCUUUUGUGAUAAUAAAUCCGCCAUGGCCAUCGCAGAAAACCACGUCUUCCAUGAGAAGACGAAACAUAUCGAGAUCGACUGUCAUAUUGUGCGGGAUAAGGUAGCUCAAGGACUGGUUAAGUUACUAUAUAUUCCCUCUUCAAGCCAAAUUGCUGAUGGAUUCACUAAAGCUCUUCCAACAUCACAGUUUGCCUUGUUUGUUUCUAAGCUGGGUGUGCAAAACUUACACACCAUCCAGCUUAGGGGGGUAUUGGAGGAUGAAACGUACAAAGAGAACAAGAGUGUAGUAAAGUAA